AUGGGACUGAAAAUGGAUAACAACUUUGUUGCCGCCAUGGCUCCAGUACUGAGCGCCAUGACGGGGCUUCAAAAGCCAGGAUUACACGACAUAGAAGGUCGUAGGAAAAUUUUCGCUUUUGGCAAUGCGGCGGCAUUUGAAGAGGGCGCGGAAGGGUUGAGGUUGGAAAAACACACCAUUUCAGCGUCGGAUGGUUAUCAGCUUUCUGUAUACCACUACAAGAAAGACGUCACUAUCGAUCAAGCAUCUCCUGCGCCUGCAAUCGUUCACUUCCAUGGAGGUGGCCUUAUCACACUGAAUGCGGCUAAUACUAUCCCCAUGAUCUCUGAGUUCGUCCGUGCCACUGGGGUACAGGUGUUUUCCGUUGAUUACCGGCUUGCGCCGGAACACCCAUAUCCGACGCCUCUCGAGGAUUGCUGGUCCGGCUUGAAAUGGGUUUUGGCAAAGGCAGCCGACUUUUGCCUCGAUAGUGCCUCUAUUGCCGCUAUGGGUGAAAGUGCUGGUGGGAAUCUUGCAGCCGCAGUGACGCUGUUGGCGCGAGAUCGAGGGUUGGCUCCACCACUAGCGAAGCAAAUCUUAAUCAACCCUAUGCUGGAUGACCGAAAUUCAUCCAAGGCAAUCGGACCCGUGUGUUUUUGGGAUGAAGUCGACAACGUCACGGGCUGGACAGCAUAUCUGAGGCAUGAACCUGGGCGACCUGGAGUGCCAAUGUUUGCAGCACCCGCUCGUGCGGAAAGUGUUGAGGGUUUACCUCCACUUUACCUGGAUGUCGGACAGCUUGAUUUGUAUAUGCUCGAGGAUCUGGAAUAUGCCUCAAGGUUUGUGCAUGCUGGUAUAGAAACGGAAUUGCAUGUCUACCCAGGUUUACCACACGCUUUUGAUACGCUUAUGCCUGGCCAUCCUACGUCUAAAAUGGCUAUGGAGCAUAGACUUAGGGCCAUUCGAAAACUAAUCAGCAACUCUCAUAUCAAGAGCGGGGAUGUUGAAUCCUGA